GGCGGACACACAAACACACACAGACACACAAACGCUCCGUUAACGGCUCGUUUUGGGCGCUUUUGUCUGGAUUUAGUCGCACGUUUGCUCCGAAACCCGCCGCAGGUCCCGCAGGUCCCGCAGCCGCCGCUCCGCCGCCUGCCGUCACGCCUCAGUGCGGGGAUCCAGCAAAGAUGAAAUGGAUGUUUAAAGAGGACCAUUCCCUCGAGCACCGAUGUGUGGAAUCAGCCAAAAUACGCAACAAAUACCCCGACAGAGUACCGGUGAUCGUGGAGAAGGUCUCCGGCUCCCAGAUCGUGGACAUCGAUAAGAGGAAGUACCUGGUGCCGUCCGACAUCACGGUGGCCCAGUUCAUGUGGAUCAUCAGGAAACGCAUCCAGCUGCCUUCAGAGAAAGCCAUCUUCCUGUUCGUCGACAAAACCGUCCCCCAGUCCAGCCUGACGAUGGGGCAGCUGUACGACAAGGAGAAGGACGAGGACGGCUUUCUGUACGUGGCCUACAGCGGAGAGAACACCUUCGGGCGACAGCAGACAGCACAGGAUUAACACCGACGCACACAUGCUGGUGCUCAGAGCUUCAGACACAAGCACCCACACAUUCGGCACCUUCAUUCAUGGUCGAUUUUUGAUACUGAAAAACACACAUUUAUGCUGAAAAUUAACAAAAAACGCGACAACAGACAAACUUUUUUGACAGAUUACCUUCAGGCUCGUCGGCCUUUUCGUCCUGGUUGCUGUUUUAAGGUCAGUUGUGGAGAGAAAACAUCUUUAACACUGCCGUAAACCAGAGUAACAGUCAACACGCAUCACAGGCACAUGGUUAGUCCUCCACAGGUAGACACACACACUACAGAUUCAUUUCCUCUGUCGUCACAGAUGUUUGUGUUGAGACAGAAACGCUGUAAUCAUGUGACUAGAAGCAUUAACCUCAUCCUAUGUCAUGUAUGAACCCUUCAGUAUGUAACGCUGCUCCGGUCCAGGUGGAGGUGGAGGUGGAGGAACGCUGGACGCUGCAUUUGCACAUUACUUUGGCUGAACAGACGUCAGCACUGAACCAGGAUUCAGACUCGAGAGCAAAGCAACACUUUACCUGAAGGAAGCAACGUUUCACCUUCAGAUUGACUGAAGCACACAGGUGUGCACUUGUUAGUUAGCUUUAGCAUUUUUUAGCCUUAGAACUCCAGAAGCAUGACGUUUUCAGGGCUUGAGCAGUAGAACAAAUAAUUAAACAUAAAUGUGUAACAUGUCCAUUUCUAGGGAGUUAUUUUGAUAACUGUCUCUUUAAAGCCUGCUUUCGUCUGAUUGGCCGACUCCAGGAAGCCUGCACCCGGUGCUUGUGAGCAUCACUGCCUGUACUUUGGCAUAAACUGUUAAAAAACAAGAUUCCUCAAAAAAUCUGGCAGCAAACAUUAAAAAACUGUAAAAAUAGCAGCAAAUGUGUAAAUGAAAGAUAUUUUUAAUUCCUUUAAAAACAUGAACUGCUUUUUGUAAUUCCAUCGAUCUUUGACGUGAACAUUAUUUACAGUUUUGGUCGGGUUUUAUUUUUAUAGGUAACAUGUAAAUUUACUCUUUUUUUAU